CAACGGGCUCCUCCUCCUCAGUCGUCUUGAUUGAGAGCGAGAAAACUUGAAACAGCAGCCCCUAAAGGCUCCGUCAGGUGCAGACGAGAGCAAGAGCUGUGCACAUAGAGCGCUUGACGCGUGUCCUGAGCUGCUUGACGCCUGUCCUAAGAGCCGCAAAGCCACUGAAAAAGGAGCUCCUGACGGCCUUGCUUGCAAGAGCUCUGCACAUAGAGGUCCUUGACGCUUGUCCUGAGAGCAGCAAACCCAUCAAAAGCAGCUCCUGACGGCUCAGCCAGGUGAGGAAGCAAAGUCGAGGUUGCACAGUAUCGUCAAAGUCGCACAGCCAAGUUGAAGAGGCUCACAAGGUCACUUUCUGUGUGUUCUGUGUGUUCUCUGUGUGUGUUCUGUGUGUUCUCUGUGUGUGUGUGUGUGUGUGCGCGUGGUUUCGCAUCAAGCAGAAGAAGGAACGGCGAUGAGGGGAGCGUUUGCUCUGCUGAUCGGCGCAGUGGCUAUCCUCUGUCUCGUCUAUCAGGCUUCCGCUAGCUCCAACCUGUCCAAUCAAACACCGACGUCGAGCACAGCAAAUGAAGGUGCUAGGAAAGACCCAUUGAGAAAGGCGACCACAAGUGGCACAAUGCUGUGUGUUUGUUUGUUUGUGUGUCUCUGUGUGUGUGUGUGUGCUACUUUGUGUGUCUGUGUGUGUGUGUGUGUUGCUCUAGAGGUGGUCGCCCCCUUGCGCAAGACCAGCGCAAGACUCGCAGAAGAGCGAGGCAUCAUAUGGAGGCCACCGAACGAAAUGCAAGACGACGGGCCCGUGACAGAGUGGCUGCUGAUCAACGCAAUGCAACACGACGAGCCAGCUAUGCGGCCAACGCUUCAGAGCGAGCGGCACAGGGGACAGAUGCAAGACGACGGCCCCGUCACAGAGUGGCUGCUGAUCAAGUCAAUGCAACACGACGAGCCAGGAAUGCGGCCCAGAGGACAGCCACUUUGCGGUUGUUCCGCAUCCCUAUUGACAACUUCGACGAGUCCUUGAGCAUCGAUGCCGAUAAAUCCAAACGAUCCGCGAAAAUUUGCGCAGCUGUACAUUAUCGACAACAUACAAGAGCAGGCUGCGGGGCGAAUAACACGGUGUUCUUGCCACUCCGAGAAUGACGAUGAAAUACCCACAUUGGUGCCGCAUCUCUCGAUAGAGGCCAUCAUUCAGGAUGCCGACGAACCAAAUUGACUGACUGUCGUCUAUCUGGACAUCCAUUUCCGACGUGUCCGUCUCCUGUGCUUCGUUUGAUUGCGAGACACGACAGACAUCCCUCAGUGCCUCUCUCUCUCUAUCUCUCUCUGUGUGUGUGUGUGUGUGUGUUCUCUCUAUCUCUCUCUCUGUGUGUGUGUGUGUGUGUGUGUGUGAGGACAACGAUGAAGUUGCGGACGCGGCUCGACCGGCAGACACUGGCAAAAUAUGCCUGUCCAUCUGUAUCCAUGCUGUUCUGAAGUCGCACGGUCUCAUCAAAGUCGACGGUCUCUCUCUCUCUCUCUCUGUGCUCCCCGCGCGAAGCGCGGGCUCGCGCUAGUAUGUUAGUAAUGCAUCGGCUGGUGCAGGUAGACAACACUGACUGCUCUGACAUGGUCUGUACAUUAUUAAGUGUUUCGUG